CGGUGAAGUUGGGAGGGAACUAAACACAAAACACUAACCCGCGACACCCCCAAACGAGAGGACCAAAACCCAACACAUUAUUCCGUUACACACAAACAAAACAUCAAAACCUUUUUCAACAACCUCAAAACCAAAACACAAACACACUAUCUCUGCUUCUCCACUCCCCCCCCCCCAACAUGGCCGUCGUUGGCGUCCUCGCGCUGCAAGGAUCUUUCAACGAACACAUAGCUGCACUUAGAAGGUUAGGAGUGAAAGGUGUGGAGAUUCGAAAGCCGGAGCAGCUUAACACAAUUAGUUCCCUCAUAAUCCCUGGUGGAGAAAGCACCACUAUGGCUAAGCUCGCCGAGUAUCACAACUUGUUUCCUGCUUUACGAGAGUUUGUACAAAUGGGAAAGCCUGUUUGGGGAACCUGUGCAGGGCUUAUAUUCUUGGCAAAUAAAGCUAUGGGACAGAAGACUGGUGGACAAUAUUUGGUUGGUGGACUUGAUUGUACAGUGCAUAGAAAUUUCUUUGGCAGCCAGAUUCAAAGCUUUGAGGCAGAGCUUUCAGUGCCAGAGCUCGUCUCCAAAGAAGGAGGUCCUGAAACAUUUCGUGGAAUUUUUAUUCGUGCCCCUGCAAUUCUUGAAGCAGGGCCAGAAGUUCAAGUGCUGGCUGAUUAUCUUGUACCUUCUAGCAGAUUGUUGAGUUCCGAUUCCUCUAUUGAAGACAAAAUGUUUUGGAUAUGGCAGGAGAAUGCUGAGGAAGAAAGUAAAGUUAUAGUUGCUGUGAGACAAGGGAACAUAUUAGCGACUGCUUUCCAUCCUGAAUUGACAGCUGAUACUCGAUGGCAUAGUUAUUUCGUAAAAAUGUCAAAUGAAAUUGGAGAAGAGGCCUCUUCAAGUAGCCUUGUUCCUGCACAAGUCAGUACAAGUCAAUACCAACAGCCCCGGAAUGACCUUCCUAUCUUUCAAUAGGAUCAGAAUACUCACCAAGCAUUUCUUGAACAAUUGUGGAUGGUUUUUUACUAUGUUUAUUUUCUUGAAUAUGAUAUCAUAUAAUUGUUGGAUCUUAGAAUAUAUAGCUAGAUAUUUAUUAUUCUUUUUUCUUUUCGGACAAACAGUAUUACAUUAUAGAUUUUGAUGUUUUCUAUUGUAUAGUCAUCUAUCUGUCAAAUAUUAGCUAAUAGCUAUUAGCUACCUUUGUCAUUCCGUCAGUUUCUCUAGAAUCCAAACUCUGAUUUGUUCAGGUUAUGAAAUUUGAAUAUCAACUAGUUUUUAUUUUCUUGUUCUUCA